UGUAGAUCAGCUGGGACAAUAACAACAAUAACAGCCGAUAACGAGGUCGCGACGGCGCUUUCACGUAUGGACCGCUCCCGGUGCGAACAACCGAAGGACCGGCGGCUCCUGUUGUAAAGGAUGCGUGUGUAUUUCACCGCUUUAUUCCUUUUAUUUCCAGUUUUGUCGGACUGCUUCCUGCGUGCCCCAACAAAACGAGGGGGUUGAAGAACUGCGGCUAAUAACUUAGCUAGCAUGCUAAUCUGCCAUAUAAUUUCAUAUGUAACGAUUUCUAUGUAUUAUCUGCUGAAAUAGUGUCGCUCUCAUACGUGUACUGUCAAAGAUGCUUUUGAGAUACGAUGAUGCCUUUUGCUUAGUAGGUAUUUUAUUUCGAUAGCUUACUUCUGGAAAGCUGCUAUAAAGUUUUAAUAGCCUUUUAACUAAGCCCCGUCUCAGGCGUGAGGAGAAAUAAUACAGUUUUAUAGACGUAAAGAGCUAGUUUAGUGGCUGCUCCGGGUUGUUUGUGAACUUGUGUCAGUCUGUGUUGUCAGGACAGAAGCUAGCUCGUUAGCAGGGUCGGUAGCUGUGUUGAGGGCAGUGUGGCCAGGCCUCGCGGCUGUACUGUACUGACAGGAGAGAUGAAAACAAAAGAUUAGCUUGCUCCCUUGCUAGCUCGCUAACCUCCAGUUUUUAUUACUGCCACGGCCAAUGCAUGACUCUUUCUUUGAUAACAUAUCAGCUUCCGAGCCUCGAGGCGCAGAGUUGGUAAUGCAUUUAGCAAUAUUAUUUUAUUUACCAAAUUUCCUGUUAGGCAGAACACCCUGUCUUGCUGUUUCACCAUAAGCGUAAAAUUGAUUUAGCACGUCGCCUGCGAUAGUUGUCACUUAAAGUUAUAUUGUUAGUCAGGGCAUGUGUGUAGUAGCUUCUUUAUAAACAAUAAGGCAGACAAUAGAGAAAGAGAAGCAUUUUAUAGAGAUGUUUGGGAACACCUGCAGGAAAACUUUCAGGAGGUUUCAACAUUGUUCCUUAAAUUCACUGAGUACAGCAAAUGCAAGUAGGUGCUGAGCCUCUGUGUAACCACAACGUCUUAGUUUGUGAUCCCUCAGCCCCCCUCAAGUCCAGUGAAGGGGUACUCAGUGACACACUGCAAUGUCAGAAACUCUGAUAACAGGGCAGACAUCGGAGGAUCUGUUGGCCGACUUUGAGACUCUGCUGAACUCUGGCAGCAUUGACCUGGGCGAGGACCAUCAGAUAGUGAUCAUCACCAGCCCCAGCAAUGAGGGACUCCACCCUGCCGUGGCCCCCACCAGCACAGGGGAAAUCCUGCUGUUUGCCACACCCCAGGGCCCCGCUGACGUGGGCAUCCAGGACAAGAGACGACCGGCUCUGGGAAGACCUCCGGUGAAGAGAAAGUUGGACCUGGAUAGUGACCAUCAGUAUGUCAGCACCACUCGACCGUCCGUGGGCCAAGCACCACCCUCCACACCUGCCCCUCCCAGAGUUCCUAGAACCACCACAGAGAAGUCACGGUAUGACACGUCGUUGAACCUGACCACCAAACGCUUCCUCAGCCUGUUGUCCCAGUCAGCUGACGGCGUGGUGGAUCUGAACUGGGCCUCGCAGGUCCUGGACGUCCAGAAGAGACGCAUCUACGACAUAACCAACGUCCUGGAGGGAAUCCAGCUCAUCUCCAAGAAGUCCAAGAACAAUAUCCAGUGGCUUGGUAAUCGAAUUGAUGCAGCAUUGGUUUCCCGCCACAAGGAGUUGCAGAGGGAGGUGUGUGACCUCACAGAGGCUGAGGAGCAGCUGGACGAGCUCAUUUCCAAAUGCAACCUGCAGCUCCGACUUGUCACAGAGGACCCGCAGAACAAGAAGUUGGGUUAUGUGCGCUGCCAGGACCUGAGGAAGUCAUUUGAUUCCCCGGACCAGCUGGUGAUGGUGAUCAGAGCUCCGCCAGAGACCCAGAUGCAAGUUUCAGAACCCAGCGAGGGUUACCAGGUGUCGCUGAGGAGCACGCGGGGUCCAAUCGAUGUCUUCCUCUGUCCAGAAGACAGCUCCGGCGUCUGCAGCCCCAUGACGGGCAGCAGUCCCUCGAAACCCGCCGCUGCUGACCCCUCCCUGGUCCCGCCUCCCACACAACCCACGGACCAAUCGCAAGCCAAAACCUCCACGACCCCCCUGGAGGUGGGUUUAUCAUCCCCAGCGUCGACCUCGUCAACAGUGACGGCAGCCUCCCAGCAAGAGCCCUCAUCACUGGUGUUAGGUGGUUACACAGAAUCGCUCCUGGGAGGCGAUCCCUUCUCCGGCCUCGGGGACAUGCCAGACUUUGACCUCUCACCCCUCUCCUCCUCGGACUUCCUGAACGGAGAAGGCCUCCAUCUCCCAUUGGACGGUUUCAUCAACCUGUCCCCCCCCCACAGUCACGACUACCACUUUGGACUGGAGGACCACGAAGGCAUCAGCGAACUGUUCGACUGUGACUUCGGCGACCUGUCGCAAGUUUUGGGCGACAGUUAGACGAAAAGAAGAGGAGGUGGAGGAGGAGGAGGAGGAACAUGGGAAAAUGAUCAAAUUUAGGACUAAAUGAGGCCUGGAAAUCAACAUUUUAUGGACAAAAUGUUUGUUAAGAAAAAAAACAAAACAAAAAAAACACACAGGCUUAAUGUAACCUUAAAUUUGGGGAUGGAGGAAAAUUAUUGGCGGAUAAAUUGCCUGUGAAAUGCCCCAAGUACAAAAUCUUAAAAUUUCCCCCAGAUUAUACAGCACAUUAUUAGCACUUCUUCUUUGGCCAAUUAAACAUUUUAGACCAAGACUUUAGCUUUAGCCUAGCUAUUUAAAUUAUUUAUAUGAAUGUUAUUUUGAUAUUUUGUACUAAGUGAGGUUCCUGUUGUUAUUGAUGAUGUUUUAUCCAAGUGGAUUGUGCAGGUGUUUGUGUGUGUGUGUGGAGUAUGGACUCAUUGGGCUGGUUUCCUUAACACUGAUUAGUUUGCAUGCAUAAGGCUCGGCUCCGUAAAUGGCUCAGUCUGAGGGGGGGAAACGGUUUGCAUCACACAGCUUCAGGCUGGUGCUGCUCUAAUGAAACCAGGAUUAAUAUUAGUACAGAUCCAUUUGCCGGGCUUUCUGAAAGCGUCUUGGAGCUGUGGUGUAGUUUCACACUCUUUUUCUUUUUUCUUUUUCACAAUAAUGGUCAAUAUAAGCUUGAAACUAAAGUCAAAGUCUUCUCCCUCACAAUUAAUUUGUGUCUAAAACUGGAAUCCUGAAAAGCUGGAUCCUCCUAACGUCCCAGGUCCAGACUAGAUUUGCACAUGUUCCUCAGCCUCCCACAGUUUGUAAUGAACGGCUGAUGGUCUGUUUUCAGCCUUUUUUUCAGGGGGGGUGAACACAAACUAAGAACUAAGAUGAACCCUCAACUUUCUUCAAGUUAGGUAAAAGGGUUACCAUGGCGUUUUUUAAUAUUUGAUUUAUUUCUCUUCACAUUGUCAUGUUUCCACAUUUGUCCUUUAGCUGUCCGGAGUUUGGAAGGAAAAAUAAGCAAAUUAAAGUUGGUGUGUAGGAAACCAGGUGAUGAUAGACUGCUGCAGUUAUGCUAGCGGGUGAAAACUAAUACUGAAUAUGUUGUUCUCUAUUAGUUAGCUAGGCGUUUAGCCAUAGUCUCAGGUGUUCGGAGCAGAGCAAAAUCUGAAAUCGACGUUUUUGAUGCAACAUGAGAGUGACUGUUUUAGAUGUGUUUCACAGGUGACGUGUAGGUUGACAAUAGAUUCUUACAGUUUUAGAAAGCGCUGGAAGGUGGUGCAUGAGGUUCUUUUUUUUUUGGUUUGUUUGUUUGUUUGUUUGUUUUUUCAGCCGGGGGUUCAGGUGAGAAAACUUCAGUAGAUCCUCACAAGCCGUUCACUCUUCAUCGCAUGUUUUCUGAAAGCAUUCUCUCUAUGGUUUAUUUAUCAUUCACGGGCAAAUUAAAGCACAGCUGCAUCUUUACUUUUAUCAAUCUAAUCAGUGUAGAACAGUGAUUGCUUCAGGAGGAAGUUAAGUGGAAGUGAUGGGCUCUCACUUCAGCUAUAUGCACAUCAGAUCAGUUCAGGAAGUUAAUGUUCAAGCCUUAAAUCUAUGACCUUUACCAAGUAAAGGGACGCACAUCUUAGUCUCAGCCCAAUAAGGAUUAAUUCCUGCUUGUUUUUCCACUGUAGUCGGCGUCAGGCUUCGUGUCCACAUGCUACUACACAUCUUGUUUGUGUUUCUGUUGAAACCACAUUGAUUUUUUUCAAUUGAAUUAAGCAGCAAUAACAGAUGUUUUCUCAUCAUGUGCUCAGUGUGAGAUGGAAAACUGUCCUGCUACGUGUUGUGUGUCGUCGUCGUCAUUGUUGUUGUUAGAAAUGUCUGCAUCAAACUUUUUUUUUUCUCUUGUUCUAAGUUAUGUAAGCUAACAUGUUUUUCCAUUCCUGAAGUGUAGGGUUUUAGUGUGUGUGUGUGUGUGUGUGUGUGUGUGUGUGUGUGUGUGUGUGUGUGUGUGUGUGUGUGUGUGUGUGUGUGUGUGCGCGCGGGUGCAUGUGUGUGGGGGGAAAAAAAAAAAAUACAAGUUGUUUGUUGAAUUUCAUAUUUAUUUAAAAAGGAAAAAAAAGUUUUAAUAGAAAAAAUGGUACAAAAUUUUUUUAUUCAUUUUCUUGCAGGAAGGGACUUUAUACCCAUACUUUUAUUUUAAGUCAUGCUUUGUUUAAUUGUCCUUCACUGGUGAAAAGAAGAAUUUUGUUUUGUAAAUUAGCUUCUCAUUAGUAGCACAUUUACAUUUUGCCAUGUUUUUUUCUUUUGUUUUGUUUGUUUGUUUUUGUUUUGCCCUUAUGGAGAAUAUAUAUUUUCCUAUCUUACCUUUUGUGCAUGUGCAACCUUCGCAUUGGCCAAAUGAUGCCAACAAAUAUUUUUCAAGGGAAAUUCACAAAUAGAGUAUAUUUGUCAUUUUUGACUUAAUGUGACUUAAUGUGUAAGUUAAUUCUUCAGACCCUGCCAGGUCGCGGCGCGGUCAGUCACUUCAGUGUAGAUUAUUAGACAUCGCAGUUGCAGGCAACAUUGCUGUUCUAAGGUUGUACAUGUAUUGUAGUGUAGCCCUUGGGUGCCUCAUGUGAAUGUGUGAAAAACCUUGCAACCGCAGCCAUCUUUUCUUUUCGUUUGUUACGUUUGGAAACCUUAAAAAUCCAGCGUAUAAUUUUAUCAGCAUCUGACAAGUUUUUUUUUCAAACUGACAGCAUCUUUAUAAGCCACUGAAAUGCGAGGCUUCCUGGAAUGUAUCUUAUGGUAUCUUUUUUUUUUUUUUUUUCUGUCUCGGUCUUCAGCUUCCACCAGCGGCUGAAAUGAUCGACCGAAAGUGAGCAGUUCAUGUCGCCAGCCUUUUGUGAAAGUUGUGUGAUGUUUUGGUUCUCUGCAGGACGGAUGCAGUGCCUUGUUUGGCGUAAAUUAUGAAUUGUUAACAAUUGUCAAAAUGAGGAUUAAUUACUCUGUGCGGUCAUGGUGAAAGAAUGCAGUUUUGUUUCGGAAAAAGUUCAAAGGUAACAACAUUUGCACCUUUUUGUUUGAAAUCGAAUCUCCUUCAGUUAAAACUGCAGAAGGAGACGAUGAUAUUUUUGAAAUAAUGGGUCGGAGCUCGAUUGAAUUCAUCAUGAAAUAUAAGAUUUGAUCCAAAUGAUGUAACACUAUCAUAUCUCUAUAAAAAGGUGUUUUUUCCGUGUGUUUAAGUCACCGUUGGGACACAAAGGUUUAUAAGCUCAGUCCGCCGACAGAAGCUAUGACAUUUGCUUUAACAGAACAAAAGCGAAUUGACUCUAAUGACUCCUGAUUUAGUCGCUGUUCAAAGUGCUUUUAAGGGAAACUGUGGCUUAUCCAGCAAUUUAACAAUCAAUCACUUUUUUUCCUUUUUUUUUUUUUUUUUUUACAAAUUUUAUUAUCUGUUGCUACAUUCUGGGUUAAAAAAAUACAGGUUUGUACUUGUGAAUUAUUAAUGGGCUCCAAUAUGCCCUUUUGUAUCACUUUUUCUUUGACAAAAAUAAAAAAUUAAC